CGGGAGGUCCUCUAAACACAUGCAGUUGAUAAACUGAGAACCAACACGACGACUGAAGCAGGUGUCAUGCAGUGCUCUCUGUGCAAGCUACGUACCCACCAGUGGUGUUUCCUGCUCUUCAACGUGCUGCUCUUCCAUGCCUUGCUGUUUGGGGCAGACUUUGUUGAGGAAUACCUCCUGCAGCCCACGCCUGGGGUUUACACUGAUGGCAUGGUUGUUAGUGUGAGGGAGAAAGCGAGGAAACUAGACCUGAGCAACUCCAGGGACAACGUGUCCAAGAGCUAUCUUAUUACUAACCCUGACGCCUGCAGAAACUCUGACCUCUUCCUCCUCACUCUGAUCUUCAGCUCACCUGCUAAUGUCACCCAAAGAGAUGCGGUCAGGAAGACAUGGGCCAACCAAGUGCUCAUCCAAGGCUUUCCAGUCAGGAUACUGUUCUUCUUAGGCUCAACUCAGACUUCUGCUGCACAAGAAGACCUUGUGAAAGAGUCUGAGCUCUAUGGAGAUGUAGUGCAGGGUCAUGCUGCAGCUGACUCAUCCAUCCAUGGCCCCACAGAGAGGACAACAUUGGCUUUCCUCUGGGUGAUCACUUUCUGUCCUCUUGCACGCUUUGUUCUGCUGACCAAGGACUCUACAUUUGUCAAUCUCCCUGCCAUCGGAGGCUACCUGCUCGGGCUACACAGACACCCUGAGGACCUCUAUCUAGGCCGAGUGAUCCAGAGAGAGUCUCCUGACAGAGACCCCAACAGUCCUGGUUACCUGCCCCCAGCCGUAUAUCCUGAAAAGUACCUGCCUGAAUACUGUGACGGAACAGCUUACGUUCUAUCCCAGGAUGUGGUCCGGAAAGUGUUCGUAGCAUCUGCAGCUGUGCGCGCAUCUGCUCCAGCUGAUGUUUACGUGGGCCUUUGUGCUCAGAAAGCUGGUGUUGCACCAACCCACAGCGCCAGGUUCUCGGGAGAGAAACACAUCCGCUACAACGCCUGCUGCUACCGCUAUAUGUUCAGCUCAGCAAGAAUGGGAAGAUAUGAACUAGAGAGAGUGUGGGCAGAUCUGCAGCUGAAAGGUGGAAGAUGUUCACUGUUCCAGACUUACUAUGGCCUCGUGACCUGCAAGGCCCUCACAUACUUGGACAAACUGUCCUUCAUGAACUCCCCGGAACAAAAUGAACCUUAUGGUUAACUGAUAGGGUGCUGGGUUAAGAAAAAAAAAAGUGGAAUAAGCUUUUUUUCUUGUGUACAUGUUUUUCAAAGUGGAUCACUGUAAUAUAUAUCA